AUGUCCCGCGAAGCCUCCCGCCCACGCCCCAGCGUACUCCUCCUCUUUGAUCCCCUCGCCAACGACAACGAUGACCACGAGCUUAACUUCGAUAGCUUCCUCCAACCACCGCGCAAUCCCAGUCCCGUUAGACUGACCCGGAGGCUGGUGGACGUUGGCGAUGUUACCGUUCAAUUUGACAAUAGCGAACUUCUUCUUGAGGACGAGGAUGAGUGCGAUGAGAAGCCAGAAGAGAUAGAACGGACGCCAAAGGCCCAACAACGCCAGUCCACUCGACCGACUGAAGGCACUCCACGUGCUAUUCCAUCCAUUCAUGCCACUCUUUCAACUCCACCCUCCACCGCUUUACAAGUCUCUGAAGAUGACCCACAAGUCUUGGCAUCUUUUGCGACACCUUCUGCCUUCCUUGCGACACCCUGCGAGAGUCUCAUUACCGACACUGUGCUGGCGCUGCCUACUCCCUCACCAGCAGCUCCCGGCACCACGCUUGUCCCACCCAAACAACUAGACCAACAUGGGUCAUUCGCCCUCCAUGACCACAACGAUCUUGAUGAAGACACGAGCUUCGACUUGUUGAACGACAAAAUACCGUUUCUAGGACAUGCAGACGAGGAUAGUUUUGAACUGGAUGGCCCUCCUGCUACCAUUAAGAGCCCUAUAGAAGUUGAAGAGGAAGAAGAACCCGAACGUGUAUUACCUGCUGCGCAUCCCAGCGUCUCCUCGACAAUCACAACGAAUGUUAUACCGGAAUUAGCAACCCCCCAUUGCUCCCCAAUUCCCACAUUCUCUGCGCCACCUCCUCUCAUUCCGGCACUCAAGAUAGUUAAACGCCAACGACCAGAACCAAAGGCUCCUGCAGCCACCAAUCCCCCAAAACCACCCCGAGACCCAUCGCCAGUUGCUGCUGUCUUCACGCGUCCACCAGUGUUCUCUGCCCCACCGAAAGUUCCCCCACCAAUUGCCCCUCCUGCCGCUGUCGUUCCCCUUAGUAACUCCACCCGCGGAAGGCAAAUUCGUGUUGGAUGGGCCAGGGCCACGACGCGUGCCAAACCCUAA